CUGUGUAGCCAAAACUUUGACAUUUGUGACAAUAAUAUCCAUUUUUGAUGAAAUACCAAAUAUAGCCAACAUUUUGAAAGUUUGACGACAAAUAUAGCCAUUUCCGUUACAAACUUUAAUGGUGUUAAGAACUCCUCCAAAUAGGUUAACAUUAAGCUGACUAGUAUGCCAAAUCAUCGCACACAUCAGCGACAACUCAGAUGUUAGUGACACGUAGAUGCCACGUGUUAUUUUAAUUUAAAAUUAAAGAAAUAAAAUAAUAAAAGAAAUAUAAAUAAUUAUUUUUAGUUAUUUUUUGGUCCCAAUAUCUUUCCUUUCCUUUCGCGUCUCUCUACACAGAUUUGUAAAUUCCCAAAACCAAUUAAUUAUUUGUUUUCCACCCCCAUAUCUUUCCUUUCCUUUCGUCUCUCAACACAAAUCUGUAACAUUCCCAAACCAAACAAAAAUCCAAUUGAGAUAUUAAUCUCCACCCAUGAAUCCCACUCUCCUCGUUAUCGCCUGUCGAAGCUCUAAGCUCCGUAAAGUAGAGGAAGAUGGCGGCCAGGCGGAGAUAGAUGGUGAGCAGCCUAGCGGGGACAGAUCGACGGCGCCCAGAUGCAGGCGGAGACAGAUCGACGACACCCGAAACAGCCAUGACGAGCGGAGAUCUGGGUGCGACGACAGAGGGGCAAACCGAUGGUGGUCGGCAAUGGAAGACGAUGAUGAACAGUGCAGCGGGGGGAGUUUGAUUUGGCCGAGUACCCAAGCAGAGAUCCACAAGCUUUUCACCUUUCGAUCUACUCCCGCUGGGUAGCCUUCCAUCCAGACCACCGCCAUUACUCUCUCUCUGACAGGGUAGGCCUUUCAACUAGAACAACCUAGAGUACUGAGGAAGGGGAGAGAAUGGAAGAGAGCUUAAGAAAGGAGGAGAUUUUUUCUCUAAUUUUUCUAUGGGAACACGAAGGGGAAGAAUAAGAGAAUAGAGAUUAUCAAAAGACUCUUUUUUAAUUUUUAAUUUUUUUAGUUUAUCCACAUAGAUUUGUUACCAAAUGGAGAGUGUCCAGGUCAUCCUUCCGUUAGUCUAGCUCAGUCUGUUAUUUGACACCGUCAAAGAAUUGGACGGAAGUGGCUAUUUUUGGCAUUUCGUCAAAAGUGGUUAUAUUUGGUAAAAUCGUCAAAGUUUUGACUACACAAGUGUAUUUUGCCAAAUUAUCGUAUUGAUUAGUUUUUUCAAUUUUAAUUUGGGACUCCCAUAUGGCCAUAUCACAUGCUCGAAUUCUAGUAAUAAAAGUUAAAUGCCUUUGCGAAAUUGGCUAGGGAAUGAAAUUUUGUUGUCAUUGUGGCUGUUUUCUGCUUGAGCCACCACCGCUGUCUGUCGCACUAGCGGACGUUUGAAGUUCCUUGCUAGAACAAUUGUAGAGCGAGAAACCUGCUUGUGCAAUUGGCCUUCCCUAACAAGACCAUCAAGAGCACCCUCCCAAAGCCAACUUCACCAUCGUCAUUGUCUGCAGAAAAUGACUGUUGUACUUGGUGGCCAUAUGAGCACAUGUGUAAGAAACCUAAUGAUCUAGGCGCCUUGCGUCUAGGGUUUUUGAAUCAAGGGUUGAGCAAAGGGAAGGUUGCAAAUGGAUUGAGGUAGGGGAAGAGAAUGGGACGAGAAUUUGGGGGAAAGAAGAAAGAGGGGUUGGCGGCCUAGGGUGGCCGACGAGGAGAAGGGAAGUUGGGGAAGAAGGGUUCUGUCGAGUGAGGGAGGAGAGGGAAGAAGAUUAGUGUUUGGGGAAUUCUUAUUAUUAUUUGCUUAAUGAGCAAUUACCCACUAAUUACAAAUAUAUAACCCGAAUAAUUCCCGUUAACUACCCCAACUACUUAACUUAACCCAAUUAAUCCGAAUAAUCCUCAAAUGCACCCAAAACCCCCCCAAAUAAUGUCCAAUCGUCCCCAAGCAUAAAUAAAACGACAAAUAAGUCCGAAUACCGAAAUAACCCAAUAAUUGGGUUUCUAACAACAUGGCAAGCACAUACACUGAAUUCACUAGCAAGUUAAGGAUACAGAAACAACUGAUUCCACGUAAGAAACACAUGGCCAUUUCCAAUCUCGCUUGCACGGUAUGAAUAAUGCACCAUAGCAACAGUCUAUAGACAGUUGUAGAAACAGGUUCUAUACAUGUAUAAUUUGUGAUUUAUCCAUCCCGUAUAUGAAUCAAUGUAGUGACAAAUAUAUACGACUUCAUCACGGACGGUUGAAUGCAAAAAGUGGCAACCACACUACAGAAACCGCCCACAAAUUCAGAGCUAUGCUGCCAGAGAAGCAAUGCAAUUCAUGCUCUUCAUCAUUUCCUUCUCCAUCCAUUAAACCGAGCACUCUGCUGCUGUCAUUGCUGCAGUCCGCGUUCAACGGAGGCCUGCAAAGUUGUUGGUUGCCAGUGAAGCUAAAUGAAUCAAAACUCAGCAGUUGAGUUCUUGAAGGAAUUUUACCACCCAAGUUGUGUACGACAAGUUCAAGUAAUUGAAGAAUGUGAGACUUCCGAGGCUUGAAGGGAUUGAUCUGGAUAGCUGGUUCAUUGAUAGAUCCAUUGAUUCGAGAGAUAGCAUCGCGGUUAGGUCCUGUGGAAUUGCGCCAGACAAUGAAUUAUGCGACAAGUU